UCCUGUAGUACGUUCCGAGAUCCUUUAAAAAGCAGACAGACAUUUACCUGUGCUUAAACCGCUGUGUUGUCUGCAUCUGACGCUCGUCUAUUGUCUCCUGUCUCGUCUUAUUUACGCCGUCUUGGUGGAAACAUGCUGAAGUUUGUCGCAGUCGCGCUGUUGAUGACCGUGUGCGUGUUCUCGGUAUGGGGAGAACAAUGUUGCGCUCCCAAACAAUGGGAGAGUUUCGUCGGGAUCGAGAACACCACGGCAGUGGACGGAAUGAUCAAGGUGACCCAGCAGUACGCCAUUGAGUCGUACGACUUUGACAAGAAGAAGAUCGCCAUGGUGUUCCCGGCCAUAAACAUGAGACUUAUCCAGGACUACAACAAGGGGAUGAUGUACACCAUCGUUGCAGGGAUGUGUUUCACCACUCCUUGGCCUUUCCCUAUGGUGAACUGUAUCCCCGACAACGCCACGAUGCUCGCAUCAUUUGAGAUGGGCGGAAAGGACGGACUGAUGAUCGAGCAGUACCAACUGCAGGACUUCCUCCCCGGUUUUAACGGGUACAUACAGUUCACCAGGCCCGGCUGCCUGCCUGUUUCACAGACGCAGUAUUACGAGUCCUACGCGACCAUGUUCGGGUUUACCAACAUCACUGAGGGCAUCAAGGACCCGUCCGUAUUUGACAUCCCCAGUCCGCCCUGCCCCAUGGACGUGGAUAACGUGGUGAAACCGCUGCUGUUCGAACCUGCCCAUCCCUGACCUGGGAACGAGAGCCACCCACGACCUGUUAGGAUCACACCGACAUAGCAACUUCUUCGGUUGUUGAAAAGUAGUGAGGUCAUCUGUCAGUAGUUUUCCACCAAAUCGCUGACGUAUGAAAAUGACGACUUUAUACUUGAGACUGCAUUGCAAACUUCGAAAUAAAUCUCUUCAAUGAU